AUGAGCAAUUGCCUAGUAAAUUUGAAUGUUUUCAGAAUUGGCAACAAAUUAUUCUCGUUGGCAGUUGGCAUGCAUUUCAUCUAUUUCUUCUUCUUCUUUUUGCAACUGAACAAUAUUCAAACAACCGUAGCGCAAACGGAUCAAACAGAACCAUUGGAUUUAUCAAUAUCAAAAGUGAAAGAGAAAGGCAAUGCAUUACAAGGCUUAUCAAUGGAAAGAAAGUGUGAAGAAGAAAUUGGACUGCAAUUGCUUCAAACAAAAACAUUGUAUUCAACCGCUUCAAAAGUCAGUGAUGAACGAAUUCCAAUCGAAACAGUCAUGAAAGUAAUGGAAAUGUCAAAGCAGGAAAGUAGAACGAAAAAGAAGCAACGCCACGAUGUACACCAAAAGCAAGAACAUACGAUGACUCAUACCGAUGAGAAGCCGUACAGUUGUCCGACAUGCAAAAAGAACUUCACUGAGUCCGGCAAUAUGAAAAGGCAUGUGAUGAGUCAUACGGGUGAAAAACCAUACAGUUGUCCGAUAUGCGGGAAAAGUUCCACUCAUCCCGGUAAUAUGAAAAAACAUAUGAUGACUCAUACCGGUGAGAAGCCGUGCAGUUGUCCGAUUUGCAAGAAGAAUUUCACUGAUUCCAGUAAUAUGAAAAGACAUAUGAUGACUCAUACCGGUGAGAAGCCGUGCAGUUGUCCGAUUUGCAAGAAGAAUUUCACUGACUCCAGUAAUAUGAAAAAACAUAUAAUGACUCAUACCGGUGAAAAGCCGUACAGUUGCCCGACAUGUAAAAAGAAUUUCACUAACUCCGAUAAUAUGAAGCAACACAUGCUGACUCAUACCGGUGAAAAGCCGUACAGUUGUCCAACAUGCAAAAAGAAUUUUACUCAGUUCAGUAAUAUGAAAAAACAUGUGAUGAUUCAUACCGGUGAGAAACCGUACAGUUGUUCAAUAUGCAAAAAGAAUUUCACUCAGUUCGGAGAUAUGAAAAAACAUAUGAUGAUUCAUACAGGUGAAAAGCCAUACAGUUGUCCGAUAUGCGGAAAAUGUUACACUCGAAGAUACAUUUUGCAGUCUCACAUGGUAGCGCAAACGGAUCAAACAGAACCAUUGGAUUUAUCAAUAUCAAAAGUGAAAGAGAAAGGCAAUGCAUUACAAGGCUUAUCAAUGGAAAGAAAGUGUGAAGAAGAAAUUGGACUGCAAUUGCUUCAAACAAAAACAUUGUAUUCAACCGCUUCAAAAGUCAGUGAUGAACGAAUUCCAAUCGAAACAGUCAUGAAAGUAAUGGAAAUGUCAAAGCAGGAAAGUAGAACGAAAAAGAAGCAACGCCACGAUGUACACCAAAAGCAAGAACAUACGAUGACUCAUACCGAUGAGAAGCCGUACAGUUGUCCGACAUGCAAAAAGAACUUCACUGAGUCCGGCAAUAUGAAAAGGCAUGUGAUGAGUCAUACGGGUGAAAAACCAUACAGUUGUCCGAUAUGCGGGAAAAGUUCCACUCAUCCCGGUAAUAUGAAAAAACAUAUGAUGACUCAUACCGGUGAGAAGCCGUGCAGUUGUCCGAUUUGCAAGAAGAAUUUCACUGAUUCCAGUAAUAUGAAAAGACAUAUGAUGACUCAUACCGGUGAGAAGCCGUGCAGUUGUCCGAUUUGCAAGAAGAAUUUCACUGACUCCAGUAAUAUGAAAAAACAUAUAAUGACUCAUACCGGUGAAAAGCCGUACAGUUGCCCGACAUGUAAAAAGAAUUUCACUAACUCCGAUAAUAUGAAGCAACACAUGCUGACUCAUACCGGUGAAAAGCCGUACAGUUGUCCAACAUGCAAAAAGAAUUUUACUCAGUUCAGUAAUAUGAAAAAACAUGUGAUGAUUCAUACCGGUGAGAAACCGUACAGUUGUUCAAUAUGCAAAAAGAAUUUCACUCAGUUCGGAGAUAUGAAAAAACAUAUGAUGAUUCAUACAGGUGAAAAGCCAUACAGUUGUCCGAUAUGCGGAAAAUGUUACACUCGAAGAUACAUUUUGCAGUCUCACAUGGCAGCGCAAACGGAUCAAACAGAACCAUUGGAUUUAUCAAUAUCAAAAGAAAAAAGAGAUGCAUUACAAGGCUUAUCAAUGGAAAGAAAGGAUGAAGAGGAAAUUGAACUGCAAUUGCUUCAAACAAAACCAUUGGAUUUAACCGCUUCAAAAGUCAGUGAUGAACGAAUUCCAAUCGAAACAGUCAUGAAAGUAAUGGAACUAUCAAAGGAAGAAAGAAGGGCGGGAAGGAAACAGCAUUGCAAUAUAUGUCAAAAGGAAGUAACACAUAUGAAGGAUGUUGAUAACUCAUACCGUUAUAUGAAAAAGCAUAUGAUGUUUCAUGCCAAUGAGAAGCCGUACAGUUGUUCAAUAUGCAAAAAGAAUUUCACUCAGUUCGUGGAUAUGAAAAGACAUAUGAUGAUUCAUACCGGUGAAAAGCCGUACAGUUGUCCGAUAUGCAGGAAAAGUUUCACUGAACCCGUCCGAGCUUGUCGUGUAGAGCCGCUAGGCAACUCUAGCAAUUAUAUAGCCAUAGAUGGCGGACUGAUACCUUCAGGGUCAGCAUUUCAAGUGAUGCCAACCAGAUAUUGUGCAAAUGAUUAUUGGACGCAACCAAUGCUUCUCAUUACUAAUCUCACUCUCAGUCAGUGA